UCUUCCUCACUUGCCUCUUGGAGCUUCUCCCCAUCCCUUUGCUUGCAGCUGGGAGGAAAUGAGCCCCUUUGCAGGAGCAGGGCACUGCAGAACGGUGCUCGGGGAGGCGGGAGGAAGGAGCUGUGCCUCUGGAGGCUGGCCAGGCCAGCAGCAGGUUUGCUGAGCCACCUCCCUGCUGGGGAAUGCACCUGCUGGGCCAGGAGUGAGGGCUCACAGCCUGUCGCAGGUGCUGACGCUGGCGCCACACCAGGAAGGGACAGGCAGGAGCACCUGUGUCUUGGCAGGUGCCAGAGGAAGGGAAGGGAUUUUCCCCUGGAGGUCCCUUUGCUAGCUUGAUCCAGCAGAAGAAAAGCUUGAAAACAUCAGUGCUGCCAAGCAGGAGAGAGGAGCGGUGCGGGCAACAUGUCAGCUGCAGAGAAGUUUGCCAGACUUCUUCCAUCUCUGUGAUGCUCAUGUCAUCCACACAGCUGAAGCAAACACUCCCCAAAGCUGGAAGCACUGCAGGAGCCAGUCCCACCGCCAGGCUUCCCUGAAUGCUGUGGAUGAAGCAUGCAGUAAAGGAAGGACGCAGCUUUGGACAUUCCUGCAUGGUGCUGUUCUAGGAAUGCUCCAUCAUAUCCUGCAACGCUGCUCAGAUUGUGGGCUCAGCCCCAUCACAUGGACUGUAGCUCUCCAGGUGGCUCUGCCAUGGAAGGGUGUGCCACCAGGCUCUAAGGAACAAGACAGAGGCAUCCCCACUUGAGAAAUGCAGCUGCCUUUGCAAGGACCACUGCUCUGACCUUCCCUCUGCUGCGAGGGUCCGCAUUCCUCUGUGCCACCACCUCCACACCAGCUGCCUGCCAUGCCGGAGCUGGCAGACCUGAGCUCCCCCCGCACGCCCGCGGAUGCUGACCACAUCCAGAGGAACAUCCUGGAGGAGCAUGUGGAGCUCUGGUGGUUCCAGGACCCCAAGAAGUCUAUCCUGUGCUAUGGGAUGGCUGUGGUACUGAUCUUGGCUUGUGGGAUCGGGGGAAUCAUCCUGCUGUACAGCACGAGCAGCCGCUCUGGGGAAUGGCGGCUGGCAGUGGGCACCACGCUGUGCCUCCUGGCCCUGCUGGUUCUGCUGAAGCAGCUGCUGAGCUCAGCAAUACAGGACAUGAACUGCAUCCGCAGCCGGCAUCAGAUAGAGCUCCUGAAGAGCGGGGGCUUCUCAGACUGCCUGGUGUUGCUGCUUAGUGCCCUGGUGCUGCUGGUCUGUGGGGUGGUGCUCACCAUCCUCUCCACCACCACCAUGCAGCUCAGCCCGGCACGACCACUGGCCAGUAUGUUCACCAGCGGGGUCAUCCUGCUGGCUGCCGGCAGCACUCUGCUGCUCUGCCUGCUGCUCUACUUGCUCUGCACCUCCUGCUGCCAGGCUGCUCCCCGUGGCUUGGAGACCGGCGAGAUCCGAGUCUUCACCAUCUCUGGCCGCCUCGCUGCCAACAGGCGGCUUCCUCCCACCUCCAGCAUGGCCAACCUGAUCUGACCUGUGGCUGCUGCAUCUGCACUGCGACAGCCCUGUGUGAGGCUCACUGGAUACAGCCCUCAGCAGUCCUUGCGCCAGCCUUUCCCAAAGGAAGGGCAGGAGUCAUGCCUCAUGUUUUCUUUCAAGACGGCUGGCAUUUGCUGAACCUCAGGCUCACAGUAUGGUAGGGACCUUGGGUUGUCUCAACAGGUCUGGAGACCUGAUCUGGAGCUUUAUUUGCCUUUUAUCUCAGCACAUCCUCCUGCGGUAGCUGCUGCUCUGGUGACCACGUCCGCUGUCACAGAGCCAAGGUGAGCCCAUCCCACACCUCGGGGACCCCAGAGCCUGGUUCCUGCAAUUCCCUGGGUCGUGCUUCUCCUGGCAGAAGGGGUUAAAUUUUCUAUAAUAAGAAGUGCUAUAAUCCCAACCCAGCUCCUAAGAAAUCUCCUGUGGGGGGAUUUGUGGGAGAUUCUGUGUCUGAAAUGCCCUUUGUUUUUGUGAUGCCAACGUCUUUCCCGAUACCACUUUGCUGCAGCCUCACCAUUGUCUGAGCCUUAUCAGAGGGAUGACUCUGACUUAUCAGAGGGUGUUGGUGUAGGGGCCGUGGUGGACUGUCAGCUUUGUACACUGUGUGUUGGGAGGCUCAGUGAUUGCACCAGUGCACUGCAGCCCUGCAAGUUAAGGACAGAGAGGUGCCAUUGCUGGGGUUGUGCUGCUGGGAUUCCCAAAGACCAGAACUGGGGUUUUUUCAACACCAGGUCCCCCAGCACAGACCUGAUGGGAGUUGGCAUGGCAGCUGUGCUGUGCAGCAGUGCUGCCAUUCUGUCCCUUACCCAGAGCUCUGGUGCUGUGCCUCUAUGAGGUACCUACCACUGAGUGCCUUUCCUAGAGGCAGGCUUACAGCUCACCCUCAGAAACCUCAGAAACCUUCCCUGUGAAUUGAGGACAAUUUACCUCUCAACAUUUUCAUUCCCUCCCUGGGCCCACAAACCAUUUCACUGCUCCUGCACUUUCCAUAGGCACCGAUCCUAACCUUCAUAGCCAUGCUGUUCCACUGCAAACUUUCUUUCUCUGCAUCUUCCUAUGUGAUCUCAUCUCUCCCAGAUCUGUGCUGCUCUGCUCCAACCACUAUUUUUGCCCAUUAUUUUCCAAGUUACCCGUGAGAAUUUGGAUCUCUAACAGAACAAGACUGAACUAUUCUUUUGUGUGUGUGUCUGGUAGCAAAUUUACGUUGAAGAGGACAAUAGCUCAUUCCCUUAGGAAUACCAUAUGUCACUGCCCGUGGUACACCUGGGGCAUCUGUGAGCCCCACCAGGUUCAGCUGGACAAGCUCCAGAGCUUACCAUUCCUGAUGCACACAGAUCACAAGGGCACGUCUUUAUUCAUCUGGUCCUGCCCUGCUCCUACUGACUUUCCCUCCCCCAGAAGCUUUGGAUUAUUUUCCCCAGAAUAUGGGAACACUGUGAUGGUUUUUCUCUUCUGGAUCUGUUAUUUCUGUAUUUUCUUCCGUCACUUUCAUAUCGUCUGUAGAUCUUAUUAAACCGCUGUUUCCUUCUCUCUGGAUCACUUCCCUUAAUCUGCCCAAAAAUUAAGAGGGUGUCAAUAAGCUCAGGUCUUUCUGUGCUAAAUGCUCUGCAUUUGUGCAGAAGAGAGCAGUCCUUCGCCAUAGAGCUGCUCGUCCCAAGGAUGCUGUGUGCAAUAUUGGGGGAAAGGCUGCAGCUGGUCAGAAGUUUUAUAUAACCCACAGCUGCUGCUCUGCACAUCUGUGUGGGUGCACAUGCGGUUACACCAAGAUGCACCACUUCUGCCCACCUUUGCAAUUGCUUCCAGCUUUCCCAACCUGCACACCCGCUGUUUUGCACAUCUGGGCACCUCUGGCAGAUGCAUGCCUGUGCCCAGCUCGCAGCUCCGUGCUGCCUGCCUGCCAAUGUGAAUCCUUCCAUUCAAAGCCCCUUCAGAAUGUGCACACGUGAACUCUGCCAGGAAAAGAUGCUUGGUGACCAAAUCCCUGCCCAAGGAAGAAAUGUGUGAGAACGGGCUGCCUCUGAGCAGGGAGGUUAGGGUGCCUGGCUGCCCUGAUGGAGUGGCUGCACUGACUCACCUCCUGCAGAAGCAUUACUGUUUUGUUCCUUUCUCAUUUCCUGUGUUGUGCAUGGAAAUACAUAAUAAAGUGUUGCAGAAUUUGGCUGUGCCAAAAGAUGGUGCUUCACUGUGGCCUUUCUUCCAAACAGGAGAUCUCAGGGCUGUGCAGAGCUGACCUCUUCUCAGAGCAGGAAUCACAAUAGCUGCAGUUUCAGCUCCUCUGCCCUCAUGGCAAAGUCCCCACACACCAAACUGCAUGUACUUAUCUCCUGGUACAUGAUUCCAUCCUCCUGAUGCUCGUGCAUCUCCCUCUGCUUUAGGACCUAGCCACAACUGGUCCCCCUUAGACUUUAUGAACUUAAGAUCUUACUGCCAUGCCUCUAUAAGGAGCUACAGGGAAGCACACAAAGCCACCCGGUUGUAACAGUGCCAAUCUCUUUGUUGACAGAGUAGCUGCUUUACCUGCGGUGGGGCUGAGCCCUGAGCCAGGUGGUAGCUGCUGCCUCCAGCGAGCC